AUGGCAUCACAGCCUCCUACAGCGCAAAAAUCGACUUCAAGAUGGGGCUCCUUCCUAGCUGGAGUCGAGUCGAGGCUGGACACCAUUUUGGCAGACGAAGAGACAAAAGCCCCACUGGCAAAAACUGAUGGAGGUACACAAGAGCAACCAGGGAAGAAGGAUGGCAUGGCAGUUCCCCUGGCCGCAAUGCCGACACCUUCAAGGACAGCGUCAGCCAAUCGAGCUCAAGAGCGUCUCAAUGAGAAAUUGGCAAAGGCAAUGGCCAACCGCAAUCUUGCCAAAAAGGGUGAUACUUCAGUGACACCCUCGGGUGUACCUUCACGGACAGCCAGUCCAGCAAACGUUGCGGCCAGUCCAAGGACAAGUUCCGAUCAUCAGAGGGAGUCUAAGCGCGAGCAAGAUGGCAAAAAUGAGCAAGGGCAAAGCGAGCAAGAGAUGGCAUCAGGUGAUACAGUAACGGUCAAUAGGACGAGCGAAGAUCAGGAGCUUGAAGAUCAGCGCUCUGAAGCAACUUCUACAGGGACCCCGCCUACAGCUCAGUCGCCCGUGGCUACGGUAGAGGACACCAAAGACGAGUCCGAUAUCCCACGCCCUUCAACCGACUCGCGUGGCUCCAUUUCAGCGCGGCAGUCUCUGGAGUUGACAAGGGCUACGACACCCAAUGCAAAUGACUCUCCUAAGUUGAAUGGCAUCCUUAUCGACUCAAGCCUGAAAAUGCCAGCAGAAUACGAAAAAAUAAUUGAGCAGAUGCGAUCGGAUUAUGAAGCAGCGGAGCUACGGCGCCAAGAGGAGACGCAUAUAUACCUAGAGCGGAUAGAUGCUCUACAAUCUAAGCUACAGUAUUUAACUAAAGAGGCUGCCGAAGUCGCCAAGAAUGCUUCAGCGGAGGCUCAAUCGGGUAGCAUUGAGCACAAGAUGGCUGCAAAGGACGAGAAAAUCGCAUUGUUAAUUGAAGAGGGUCAAAAGCUCUCUCAGACCGAGCUAAAACAUAUAAGUAUCAUCAAAAAGCUGCGAGUGAAGUCGACCGAAGACGACAAGGUCGUAGCUGACUUCAAGCGGACGAACGAAAAAUAUGAGAAGUCGGCUCGGGAGGCUCAGGAGAGAGCGAAGCGGGCUGAGAGCUCCGAAAAGCGGGCACUGGAAAGGCUUAAGUCCCUCGGACGAAUUGAGAAAGAUCUGGAAAAUGUCAGGGCAGACCGAGAUGCCAAAGACUCGCUCAUGCAGGAUCUUCAGAUCGAGCUCUCGCAGGCAACCUCCGCCGCCAAAGAAGCGGAAGUCAAAGCCAACGCUGAAGCGCUAGCGGCAGAAAAGAGACAUGCGGCAGACCUGACAGAUGAGCUUUCAAGCAUCAAAGCCGAAAAAGAGCUAGCUGAGAAACAACACCAACAUAAGCUGCGGGAGCUCAAGGAGAAAGCCGAACGAGAAAAGGAGCGGGCCGGGGUCGCCGAGAUAGAACGACAAGGCGAGCAGAAUAUUUUAGAGAGCAGACUAGAAGCCUACCGCGCCCGAGCUGAAGAGGCUUCAGCCGGCCAAACAGGGGAUGUGCAGGCCAAGCUUCUUCGCCAGUUUGAGACCUUGCAAAACCAGUAUGCCAUUGCUAGUGAAAAUUGGCAGGGUAUCGAGGGAUCGCUGUUGUCUCGGGCUACUAUCUUGGAGAAGGAGAGGGACGACAUUGCCAAACGGGAAGCCGAUAUACGACGAAAGGCUCGGGAAACAAGCAUGAAGUCUAGACGAAUCGAAGAGGAGCUCGAAAGGGUCAAUGCUAAAACAGAGGAUAUGGACCACGAGCUUUCUUCCCGCAGCAUCCAACUCGCUACUCUCAACGAGCGAUUGGCCAAAUCUGAGGCUGAAGUCACAGCAACAAGAGAGGACCUCAAAGCCGAACGUGAAGCAUGGGAAGCACGCCAAGCGCAACGAAUCGAAGAAGAAAAGGCUCGAAUGAAAGAAGAAAAUGUGCGGUCCAACACUCCAGACACACUUUACCAGCAGUUCCGAACCGAGUCCCCAACUAUCCACAAUCGCACACGCAAAUCGUCCAACGCGGACCGCAGCCCACACGCCCGCCGUAUCCAAGGUCUCGCAAUCACUGGGGCUACCAGCCACCCAUCCAGUGAACGGCCGCUCAGCAGACGCUCAUCCUCGCAGCCUCUGCACAAUCUGCAAACUUCAAAUCUCGAGCACCACCGGCCUGUAUCUCGUCAUGACUCUUUGAGCACUGUGCCCCAGCUAUCUGUCAAUAACGGUGUGCCUGGAACGCCCUCUGGAUAUGACAACGAUGACUUCUUCGAUGUUCAAACCCCCGCCACCCCUGAACGAACCAUCAAUGACGCAAUCUCUGCAUCCACCGCCGGUGCCGGCCCCUCUGUCCAAUUAGUCGAGCGCAUGUCCGCUGCGGUUCGGCGUCUUGAAAGCGAGAAAGCUAGUCACAAAGAUGAGCUCAGUCGCUUGUCUGGUCAAAGAGAUGAAGCAAGGGAUCAGAUUGUUGGGCUCAUGAAGGAGGUGGACGAGAAGAGAGGGUGGGAGAGCAGAGUCAAAGAAUUAGAGAAUGAGAUGAAGGGGGUGGAGGAGAGGUAUCUUACCACGCUUGAGAUGCUUGGGGAGAAGAGCGAGCGGGUGGAGGAGCUGAAGGCUGAUGUGCAGGAUUUGAAAGGCAUGUAUCGGGAAUUGAUUGAAAACACUAUGCAGUGA